AUGAUAUUGAUGUACAAUUAUUCUGAUCUUUCAAAACAUAUCUCGAAAAAAUCGGUAAAAACAUAUGUAGAAAAACAACGACGUGAUCGUAUUAAUAAAAGUCUUGGUGAAUUGAAAGAUCUUAUAGCAUCAACAGAUGAAAGAGUACGAUAUCAAAAAUACGAAAAAGCUGAAAUACUUGAAAUGACUGUUAAUUAUAUUCGAAAUUUAAAGCAAAUAAUAAAUAAUUAUGAAAAAUAUUCAUUUGAAACAUGGAAACAAAUUCAAUUAUUAAAAAAUAUAUAUCCAUAUCAACAUCAGAGAAUCAAACAAAAAUAUUUACAAAUUAUUAUUGAUAAUUCUUCGUUAGAUCAUUUAUCAACAUAUUCUCAAAAUUCAUCGGCAACACAAUUAUGGAAACCAUAUAUAUAG